GGCUCAAUCUUUACAAGCACCUUCCCCGUGGGGUUCGGGCCUGACCUGAGGCAGUUCCCAUGUCUUCCGGAUGCAUAGAAGUUGGUGCUUGUAGCGCCCUUCUUGGCGCCUUGUUCAUGAAGGGAAUUGACUAUGCCCAAGAGCAUUUUGACAGACCAGGGAGGGAAAAUUCCUUGGCCAAAGUGCCUUUAGCGUCUCCAGCCACGAAGUACAUGACAUCACCAGCCAAGCAUCGUUUUCGAGAAGCAGCUCCGAGCUACUCCAGCGAGGCCAAAGUGUCCGCAGAUGCAAAGCUGACCGCUGAGCCGGCAGAUUUUGGAAGACUGCCCGGCUUUUCGAAGGAUUUGGACAAAGCAUGUUAUGUGGAGGUUCUAAGGAAGUUGAUGGAUGAGAGCAAGUUCUUGCAAAACAAUCCACGGCUGGGGAUCCAUCCGCAGGAGAAACGUGCAGCACAGGUUGUGAUCAAAGAACUUGAGGCCUACUCCACCAAAGCAGGUGGUCCACUGAUCGUGGAGGAGUUGGAAUAUGUCCCAAACCGAUCAAACCUCAAAGUCACCUACAAAGGCACCACCGCUUCGACCAUUUCAUUCGUUGGAAGCCACUUCGAUGUCGUGCCAGCUGAACCAGAGCAGUGGUCCAAGGAUCCUUUCCAUCUGACUGUGGAGGAUGAUAAUCUCUACGGACGUGGAACAACUGAUUGCUUAGGCCAUGUGGCUCUUUUGACGUGCUUCUUGCGAGAACUUGGGCGAACCAAGCCGAAGCUCAAGAGAAGUAUUGUGGUAGUCUUCAUUGCUGCCGAGGAGGGCGCCGAAAAGAACGUGGGAGUGGACAAGGUCCUGGAGAAAGGGAAGUUGGAAGAGGCGAAGAAUGGACCUGUCUAUUGGGUGGACAGCGCCGACUCCAACCCAUGUUGUGGAACAGCUGGCGCCAUCUCGUGGUCAUUGAAAUGCAAGGGCAGACUUUUCCACAGUGGCUUUCCCAACAAGGCCAUCAAUUCCAUUGAGAUGGCCCAAGAGGCUAUGGGCUUCCUCCAGGAGAGGUUCUACAACGACUUCCCUCCAUUGCCAGAGGAGGGCCUCUACUCUUUUACCACAGGGUCACAUAUGAAACCGACCCAAAUCGAAUGUUCCAAGGGCUCCUUCAACCAGAUCCCAGCAGAGACCACCAUCCAUGGCGACAUCAGGCUCUCACCUUUCUAUGAGGUGGAGGAUGUGGUAGAGCACAUUGAACAGUACAUCAAGGAUUUGAACAGCGAGCUCAAUGAUCUGGAAACGCACAAUCGAGGACCUUGGAGUAAAUUUGUGUUGCCCUUGAACGUGCAGGUUCAAGAUGGUGAACUUCGGAAGGGAAAGGUGGAGCUGAAUUGGAUGGGAAAUAUGGACACCUUUAAGCUCUACGCCGGCAUCGCCGUGAAACUGGAAUCGGAUGGCCACAAGGCUUUGGUGCAAGCCUUCCGGGAAAGCAAUGACGGAGUGUCGCCAUUUAGCAUCAAUGGUUCUCUUCCGUUGGUGAAGAUGAUGCAAAAAUCUGGCUUUGACAUCCAGAUGUGUGGCUUUGGCCGGAUGUCUGUCUACCACGGGGUGAACGAGUACUGCACCUUGUCGGAGAUGGCCAAAGCCUACGAGGUCCUCACGCGCCUCACAUGUCUUCUGGAGACUGUCUCCUAGACAGCGCACGCUGAGAGUUGCACUGCAACCGUGAUAGGACAUCGUAGGACACAGCAAAGAUAGUAGAAGAUUGUAG